CGCCCGCUCUCACGUACGCGCGGCCGGGCGGGCAGGCAAGAAGCCGCCGCCGGCCGUCCCGCACCCGCGCACUUGCCGGAGAUGAGCCGCUCCGCGCUGCGGGUCUCCCUCCUGCUCCUGGCCGUCUUGGGCCGGGCCGGUGCCGGCAGCGAGCACGUCGGCCAAGAUGCCCCGCGCUCCUCGGAGCAAGGUCCUGGCCACAGUCACUGGAGCUAUGAAGAUGUGGAGCACUGGGGUGUGGUUUACCCAGACUGUGCCAGGACCUCGCAGUCACCCAUCAACAUCGAUGUGACCAAGACCAUCUUCAGCCCACACCUGCGGCCAAUACAGCUCUCUGGCUACAGCCUGCCUGCCAACCAGAAGCUCAAGCUGAGCAACAAUGGGCAUACAGUUGUCCUCGAGCUGCCUGAGACCCUGGCCAUCACUGGUGGCUAUGCCCAGCAGUACCGAGCUGUGCAGCUGCACCUGCACUGGGGGUCCUUGAUGGGACCUGGCUCAGAGCACACCAUCAGUGGCCACCGCUUUGCUGCUGAGAUCCACGUGGUCCACUACAACACCAAGUAUGAGAGCUUUCAGAAGGCAAUGGUCCAGCCAGAUGGCCUGGCUGUACUGGGAGCCUUCCUGGAGGUUGGGCCAAGGGAGAACCCAUACUAUCAGGAAAUAUUUGAACAUCUGAAUGAAAUCGGAGCAGAAGGAGAGGAAGUAAUGGUGUCCGGGUUCAACAUCGCAGGUCUGCUGCCUGCCAACCUGAAGUUCUACUUCCACUACAAUGGCUCUCUGACCACCCCUCCCUGCUACCAGACCGUGAAGUGGACAGUCUUCAACCAGACUGUGUUGAUCUCCCGUGAACAGAUGUCAACACUGGCAAUGAGCCUGAGGAACGAGGACAGUGAACCUCUGCAGAACAAUUACCGACCCGUGCAGGGCCUGAACGGGCGACGGGUGCUGGCGAGCUUCCAGACCACCCUCUCUUUGGAAAAGCCGAUUCCUCCUGGUCGUGAUGGCUCAGCAACAACAGAAGGACACUCCAGCUCUUCAUUUCAUGCAGGGGAUGUGCUGGCUGUGCUCUUUGGGGUGCUCUUUGCCAUCACUGCAUUGGCCUUCCUGCUGUACAUCUACAAGCACCGCAGCCAGAACGCAAGGCUGGACUCUCCAACCAAAUCCAAAGUCAUCUACACAGCAGCCUCCACCGAGAACACUGUGUGAGCCCCCUCCCCAGUGGAGGUCCCUGCCCCUCUGAUCUGCCUGCCACCCCACCUCCCCUCACUCCCACCCGGGGCCAAGGGAGGGCUAGCACUCCGGCAUCCCUCUGCUGCAUGGGCUGCCCACACAAGACUGUUUGUCUGGGGAUACUUUUGUUAUAAAAAAAGGUAUAAAACAUAUUUAAAAAAAAAAAAGUGAAAUACAAAAUAAAAACCUCCCAUU